AUGGCUGCCGAGAUACAUGCGGACAACGAAUGGUCACCGCUUAAAGCGGUCAUUCUUGGCAGAGCAGAACACUCGAUGUUCCCUUCCGAGCCAGAGCAUAUAAUCUCUGCGACGAUGCCGAAACAGUACUGGAAGGAGUUCAAGAAGGACAAUCCAUUUCCUGAGCAGAUCGUCAGCAAUGCCCAGAGAGAGCUUAGAAACUUCGCCGCAGUCCUGGAACAACAUGGUGUGAAGGUGCUCAGACCAAAAGAGAUCAACUGGCGCGAUGUCGGCGGCUACACAGGAUCCAUGCCGCGAGAUGGCUUGAUGUCUGUCGGAAACACACUGAUCGAGGCUCACUUUGCCUGGGGCUGUCGGCGGAAUGAAAUUGACCUUGCGUAUUCGGAAAUGUUGUCAGGGCUGGACCACGCAGGAAGUUCUGCAGCCGGACGGAUCUGCAGAGCACCAAGCAUACUGGGUCACGACACCAUCUACCGUGGAAAGGACAAGUUGCACAAAGACGAUAGUGGUCUCAUCAAUGGCGCAUUGAGUGAUGGCUCUGGCCCUUGGGCUAUCAACAACAGCCGGCCGGCGUUCGAUGCUGCUGAUUUCAUGCGGUUCGGCAAAACGAUCAUCUGCCAAUUGAGCAACGUGACCAAUCGUAAGGGCGUCGAAUACGUCCGAGCUGUCGUUCCCGACGGAUAUACCGUUGAGGUACUCGAGGUGGACGAUCCAAAAGCCAUGCAUAUCGACGCUACACUUCUGCCUCUUCGACAAGGCAUCCUGGUUUAUAAUCCAAAGAGGGUGACCGAGGAGGAGCUUCGCCAUCACGAGAUCUUCAGCAACUGGGAGCUCUAUGCGUAUCCUUUGACCCCGAGGAGGAAGAUCGACCCGAUCGUGCGCCUCUGUACAUGUGCUCGCCGUGGUUGGUGCUAA